GCCAUGAGGAGCCCGCGCUGCGUCCCGCGGCUGCUGCUGCUGCUGCUGCUGCUGCUCACGCCCCCAGCAGGAGACGCGGCGGUCAUCACCGGGGCCUGCGACAAGGACCCCCAAUGUGGCGGAGGAAUGUGCUGUGCUGUUAGUAUCUGGGUUAAGAGCAUAAGGAUUUGCACACCGAUGGGCAAAUUGGGUGACAGCUGCCAUCCACUGACUCGUAAAGUUCCAUUUUUUGGGAGGAGAAUGCACCAUACUUGUCCAUGUCUGCCAGGCUUGGCUUGUUUACGGACUUCAUUUAACCGGUUUAUUUGUCUAGCCCGAAAGUAAUUGUGUUGGAGUAGAAACUUUAAAUGUGAACAGCACACCAUGUCUGUAACGUCUUGUGAUUGUGCCAAACAAAUAAUGCCAGAGAGCUUUUUGCUUUCUCUACUUUCCAAGUAACUUCCCCCCCACACCCCCAUCUUUGAUUUUAAAGUGAUUUUUUUUUGUUUUAAUUGAAAAGAAAUUUUGGUUUUUGGAUGGAAAUGCAAAGUGCAAAGCAUUACGGGAACAGUUCUCAUUUCUCUGUUUAGGUUUUGUUUAGGUUUUUCUUUUAUGCCAGUAACUCGCCAUUUUCAAGGAGGAGAAUACGAACUGAUACUUUUGUUAGAGACAUUUUUUUCUUACCACUCCUUUCUCAACCCCUGCCCUAACUCCUCAC